AUGGAGGCCUUCAACACUGGUGCCUCUUGGCAUUACCCAGAGCAACAGAAGAAAGCAGCCUACUUCGACGGCACAAGAGCAUCGCAGCGCAGUGCGGCAUCGCUAACCGACGCAUGUUACGUCAACACCCUCCGUGCCAGACGCAGUGCGGCAUCCAGCACCAACAUGACAAAACCACGCCUUCAACGCCCCGGCCGCAAACUGAGGGUGUGGUAUUGUGCGCCAGUGAAGAAAACUACGCUCUUCACCUUCCAGGUAGAGGGUGACCCAAGUUACGCUUCAAUGUCUUCCUGUGCAUCCGUAGUGAUGCGGGGAAGACAAGCACUUUCCAGGAAUCACCAAAGAGAUGAGUCGAUACUCACAGAGAGAUCAGGGCAAGUGGAAACAGGAGAGUACUACCAGGUGCAUCGAUACUGGGAUAUAGGUGAUUAUGAUGAAGUAUCUCAGCGGCAAGGACAGCAAAAAAGACCGGUAGAGGAAGAAGAUUACGAAGAAGUAUCUCAACAGCAAAGACAACAUCAAGGACAGGCAGAGGAAGAAGAUUACGAUGAAGUCUCUCAGCAGCAAGAGCAGCAAGAAGGGCCGGCAGAGGAAGAAGACAACAGUGACCCUGCACUUCCUGCUUUGGCCGACUACUUUCCUGGGCCACAUGGCAGUGAAGAUGAUGAUAGUAAUUCUGUACUACCUGUGUUGGCUGAUUACUUUCCAAGUGCCCCGGGUACAGGAGACAACAAUGGAGCACUUGCUCAGUGUUGCCAGGAACACCAGAGACAUCAGUUCAGUAGUGUUUCCAUCUCCCAUGUGCCCCGACAGCUGAAGCUUUACUCAGUGGACAGGACAGCGAUGGACAUUCAGGUGAUACUGAUUGUAGUGCUGACGCUUUUGUCAACACAAGCGGAUAAGUGCAUGGAGGACCAACAAUGCACAAACUGCUCAAGUACAACACAAUACUGCAGUACAGAUUGCUUUUCGGGGUAUUUCGGCCUCAGAUGCAAGUCCCGUUGCAGCAACCAAUGCAUAAAAAGUAAAUGUAGUCAGACGCUGCGUGGAACUAUUAGUUGUUCUGACGGUUGUGUACCUGGUUUCUAUGGUACUCGAUGCAUUAUCCCGUGCACACUUCCGACGAAAAGGUGCACAAAAUGUCCUCAAGGUUGUGAUGGAACGUUCUGCGAUCUGACAACAUCUUGUGUUUCUGGAUGCCAUGACCAAUACUAUGGGACCAACUGCAGGAAUUGUUCACCCAGAUGUCGACAUUGUAACAGGAUAACAGGCAGAUGUGAUGUGUGUCAUGAUCCUUAUCAUGGCCUGGACUGUGAAUACUCAUGUGAACAUUGUUCAACAACUGAUUGUGUACAGACAUGCGCACCUGGGUUGUAUGGACGCACAUGCUCUUUAAGGUGCCACAAAGAUUGUUUGUCUAAUCCUACCACUAUUACUAAUGACUCUUUGACAACUAACACUUCCCACACCUGCAUAUCUGAAUGUCAAAGAUACAGUGGAGAGUGUAUCAAUGGUUGUGCAGAUGACUGGUCUGGCCCACACUGUUCCUCGCCAAAUAAAUGUAACCCAAACUGUUUUGGUUGCAAUGAGACGGGUGCAUGUGUUGAAGGAUGCCUGUCUGGUUACUAUGGGGGUGACUGUAAGCCUUGUCCGAGGACCUGUUUCAAUAACACCUGCUACCAAAACAACGGGUCUUGUGACAACGGAUGUAUCCAAGGACAAUAUGGACAAUCCUGUCAACUAUCCUGCAUCCACUGCCCGGGAGGUGCUUGUCAUCCUGGUACUGGGAUAUGUGAUUCUGUCCCGAUGAAUGAUGCAAAAAUUGGAACAGCGACAGCACUGUUCGUUUUGGUUUUGGGGAUCAUUGUAGCAGGGUGCAUUUUUCACUUUAAGAGAGUCUCCGCAAAGAGAGAGGAAUCCCACCAGAUGGCACACACCCGUCCACAAAGUGAUCCAAAUAGACAGGGUAUCCCUUCCAGGAGGUUCCGAAACUCAGAACAUAUCUACAGUGAUGUCAACGAAGACGAAACGGGACCAGUCAUCGUUUUCCUAUAAGUUUAAUGCUUUUCCAAAGUUAAUGUCAAACACAAUGUCUGUCGAUAUCGUUGCAAACGCUGUAGAUCUGAAUUUCCAGU